AUGGCCCCGAUCUCGCUCGCCGACACGGUCCACGCCGUCACGUCGACCGUCGAGUCGACCGUCCAGUCGACCCUCGCCAACGGCGCCAUCGCCCAGCAGCCGGUCGACCCGACCGCCGCUCGCCGCCCGACCGAGUCGAUCCACGUCGAGUCGCCCAACCUCACCUACACGGACGACGCCCUCCUGUCGCGCUACACGUUCCACUCGACGGCCGUCGACAAGCAGGCCGACGCGCAGGGCCACGUCAAGUACUCGGUCCGCCCCGUCGAGCGCGAGCUCGAGUUCAAGACGGGCCGCAAGGUGCCCAAGACGGGCCUCAUGCUCGUCGGUCUCGGCGGCAACAACGGCACGACCCUCACGGCCACGAUCCUCGCCAACCGCCACAACAUCUCGUGGGGCACGCGCGACGGCAUCCAGACGCCCAACUACCUCGGCUCGCUUGUGCGCGCGUCGACCAUGCGCCUCGGCGUCGACGCCCAGGGCGAGGACGUGUUCGUUCCCAUCUCGGACGUCCUCCCCAUGGUCCACCCGAACGAUCUCACCGUCGGCGGGUGGGACAUCUCGAGCAUGUCGCUCGACAAGGCGGCCCGGCGCGCCAAGGUCCUCGAGUACGACCUCCAGCGCCAGCUCGAGCCGUACCUCAAGGAGUACACGCCCCUGCCGUCCAUCUACUACCCGACCUUCAUCAACGCCAACCAGGAGGAGCGCGCCGACAACGUCAUCCCGGGCUCGGACAAGCAGGCCCACCUCGACCAGGUCCGCGCCGACAUCCGCAACUUCAAGCGCGACAACGACCUCGACCAGGUCAUCGUCCUGUGGACCGCCAACACCGAGCGCUACUCGCUCCUCGUCGACGGCGUCAACGACACGGCCGACAACCUCCUCGAGUCGAUCCGCACCUCGCACGCCGAGGUCUCGCCCUCGACUAUCUUUGCCGUUGCCGCCAUCCUCGAAGGCGUCCCCUACGUUAACGGGGCGCCGCAGAACACUUUCGUGCCCGGCGCGAUCGAGUUGGCAGAGCGCCACAAGGCCUUUGUCGCCGGCGACGACUUCAAGAGCGGCCAGACCAAGGUCAAGUCGGUCCUCGCCGAGUACCUCGUCAACGCCGGUAUCAAGCCGCUCCUCAUCGCGUCGUACAACCACCUCGGCAACAACGACGGCAAGAACCUGUCGGCCCCCGAGCAGUUCCGCUCCAAGGAGAUCUCCAAGGCGUCGGUCGUCGACGACAUGGUCGAGGCCAACUCGCUCCUGUACAAGCCGCUCGCCGUCAAGGAGGCCGACUCGAAGGACGGCUUUGUCAAGGGCCACUCGACCGAGCACCCGGACCACUGCGUCGUCAUCAAGUACCUGCCCAACUGCGGCGACGACAAGAAAGCAAUCGACGACUACACGUCCGAGAUCGGCAUGGGCGGAAGGAACACUCUCGCGAUCUACAACACGUGCCAGGACUCGCUCCUCGCGACGCCCCUCAUCAUCGACCUCUGCCUCCUCGCCGAGCUCAUGACGCGCGUCACGUACCGCGAGGAGGGCAGCGCCGACUACGAGCCCAUGUACUCGGUCCUCGGCCUCCUGUCGUACAUGCUCAAGGCGCCGCUCACCAAGCCGGGCAAGAAGCCGAUCAACAGCCUCAACCGCCAGCGCCAGGCCCUCGAGGCCUUCCUGCGCGCGUGCCUCGCCCUCCAGCCGGUCAGCGACCUCGUCACCUUUACCCAGAUGGAGGUCUCGCAGGUCUGAGCAGGCCCUGUCGUCGUCGCGGGUGGUUCGUCGUCGUCGCCGUCGUCGUUCCCUCGUCCUCGUCGCGUUCCCCUCGCUUGGCUAGUCCUUCCCUUCUCCCUUUCCGUAGCCUCUCUCUCCCUCUCGUGCCUCCCGUGAAAUGCUGCCUCGUACGUCUCUUU